AAUUUAGUGACCAUAAAAGUUGGUGUGUAUAUAUAUAUACAGAAUUUUGAGUAAGAGAAUACAAACGAGGUGAACUUCACAAGAACCCGACAUUGUAAUUGUCUGCGAGAGUUAUGGCUCCGGUAGGAUUGCCUCCAGGCUUUAGAUUUCAUCCGACCGACGAAGAACUUGUAAACUAUUAUCUGAAAAGAAAGAUCAACGGUCAAGAAAUCGAGCUUGAUAUAAUCCCUGAGGUUGAUCUCUACAAAUGUGAACCAUGGGACCUUGCAGAGAAGUCGUUUCUACCAAGUAGAGAUCCGGAAUGGUACUUUUUUGGGCCACGCGACCGGAAAUAUCCGAACGGAUUCAGGACGAACCGAGCAACGAGAGGUGGAUACUGGAAAUCGACUGGGAAAGAUCGAAGAGUAACGAGUCAGAGCAGAGCGAUUGGGAUGAAGAAGACUUUGGUUUAUUAUAGAGGAAGAGCUCCUCAAGGGAUCCGUACGGAUUGGGUUAUGCAUGAAUAUCGUCUCGAUGAUAAGGAUUGUGACGAUCCUUCUUCGCUUCAGGACUCGUAUGCACUAUGUCGGGUGUUCAAGAAGAACGGAAUAUGUUCGGAGUUGGAAACAGAACAGCAAAUGCAAUUACAAACGGGACAAUGUAGCUUCACGACGGCGUCGAUGGAGAUUAAUUCGAAUAAUUUUAACAAUCAUGAAUACGAGACAAUGUCGCCGGAAGUUGGAGUUUCUUCCGCCUGCGUAGAAGACGUCAUCGACGAUAAAGACGAUUCGUGGAUGCAGUUCAUCACAGACGACGCAUGGGAUACGUCAUCAAACGCUGCAGCUAUGGGACAUGGUCAAGGGGUUUAUUGACUGGCUGUUAAAGAACAAAAGCAAAAAAGAGAAGAAUAUAGAAUUAUUUUGGCAAAUAACGUAAACACUUAGGUACACUUUUGUUGUACUUUUUAUUAUAAACGGUUGAAAUAAAACCUACGGGUUGUUGGGGUAAGUGGUACAGUAUUUUGGAAAACUUAUAACUAAUUUUUCUAAUUGUGGGAAUGUGUGGGAAAAUCACGUGAUUUGAUUGGAUAUUUGGAUUUUGUUUUUUUUUGUUUAAGUUUUUUUUUUCUUUGAUUGAUGAUGCUAUUAUUAUCCAUUGAUUUGACGGCUCUAUGGAUCAUUGGUACCUUUGUUCUUUUUCCUCACAUGGGUGUAACCAGAUGAUCAAGUUGAUGGACAAAAAUAUUGAGUUUAUUAUU